AUGUUCCUCUCCGAUGCGAUAGCCUUCGAGCUCGGCGGCUCUGAGCUCUGCCGCGGGCUCCCGCAGGAGUCGGAGCUCACCAGCACGAUGCUGAACAUUUUCUUUGAUCCUGUGGAUAGAGAGGUGAUGGCCAUCCGGGAGGAGGUGCACAAGAAAAAUCCCAGAGUUAAGGAUGACAGCGUUCGGCAUACGCCUGUGAGAGUGUAUGCCGUCCGGUAUCUCGACGAGACGAUGGUUGUGACCUCCGGGUCGAAGAUGCUCACACUUGAGGUCAGAGAUAGGAUCCUCUCAGUGUUUGAGAGGGAUUUGGAGGUGAAGGUUGACAGGUUUGGUAGCUCAGUUCACAGUGCAGCGUCAGAGAAGAUGGAAUUCCUGGGGAUGGAGUUUCAAGCCGUGCCGCCGUCAGUCUUACACCCUCCCAUGUCUGAGAAGGCGAAGAGGGCAAGGAAGAUGUAUCUGAAAAGGAAAGCAGCGGAGGCGCAGGAGCUGAAGAAUGCCCGGGAGACACGGAGGAAGAAGCUUGGGUUGAAGAUACUGAACCACUUGUUCAAGAAGGUGAGGCGUGGGCAUGAGUUUGAGUUUGCCUUCCGAAUUGAGGAUGAAGUGCGGCAGGAGUUCAAGGGUUGGGCAGAGGAGACAGUGGUUGAAUACUUCAAGUCGCAGGAGCAUCGCCGUCAUUGGCACCGAUUGUUCACAUCUGGUGACUUCUUGUCACUGAAUAGGGUGAGGGAUCAGUUGCCAUCAACAUUGGUGGACUCCUAUGACCAAUUACAGGAAACACUCGACAGGUUUUUGAUGCCGAGGAGGGGCCAUGACAUAACUGAGGAUGAGGAGAUGCUAGCAGAGGAGGAGGACGAGAGACAAUAUGAGAAUAGGAUUGUUGAGGACUUGACAGAGUUGAAGAUGAGGGUCAAUGCACCAAUAGAGCUUGUAGGAAAGGCGGUAAAGUUGGCCGGGUUCACAAAUUCCAUGGGACGGCCACGGCCAAUAAAGCUACUUAUCUGUCUGGAUGAUGCAGAUAUCAUCAAAUGGUAUGCUGGUGUGGGGAGGAGGUGGCUAGAUUUUUUCUGCUGCUGUCGGAAUUUCAAGAUGGUCAAGAUUGUUGUGAGUUAUCACUUGAGGUUCUCCUGCUUCUUGACAUUGGCGGAGAAGCAUGAGUGCACCAAGAGGCAAGCAAUUAGCCAUUAUACAAAGGAUUUGAAGGUGACAAAUGAAAAUGGAGUGCCUGAAGUGUACUUUCCAACAGAGAAGGAGAUCAAGAUGAUGGGUGAUAAGAAUCUCUCUGAUCCAAAGCCUGUGGAUGGAGCCUUGACAAUGAUCUUGGUCAGGUUGGCGGUCGAUGACACCUCCCUCCCAUGCCUGGCUCAUUUUUGUGCUGGAACAGACACUGCCCUUUACCGGAUACGUCUUUUGCAGAAUCGACUAAAUGUCGAUCCUUUGAAUGAAAAGAAGUGGGUCCAAGGACUAAGUGCCAUUCAUGAGAGUCUGAACAAGAAAUGCCUCCCACUGUGCUCCAUACAUGCAAGCGAUCUACUUCUUGGCAAGAUUACUCUCCGAGAUAUUGAUUGUACUCAGUUUGUUGAUGUGGUGUGA